UCUUCUUAUCGCGUGCAUUCAAAUUAUAGAUAAUCGUGUGCUUGUGUCGUGCGUAUGUGUGAGCUCGUGUGUGUGUGUGCGUGUAUGUUGUGCUGCGCUACCGCCACUGCUGUUGGCAAGGAUUACGGUGCCGCGUAUAAUACCACGACGACGAUACGAGGUACCGAUAUUAUACACAGCACAGCAUAAAAGUGACUCGUGUACAACGAUCGGACUAGAGAAAAGAAGGAGGAGAGACGCCGACGCAGGCGCGCAGGUCGUCCGCAUCCGUCCGCUCUGCUGCUGCUGCUUGGCCGCCCUGCCGUACUGGCAGGUAAAUUAAUCGCGAGAGUCAACAGUCAGGUAUUUUGGGCGUUGACCGCGCGCGCGCGACUCCAGAUCAUUUCCAAUUGCCGACGCCGCGGCUUUUCUAUCUCUCGAGAUCAAAUUUUAUCCUCCCACCGAGACGAUCGUUUGCUAAUCGCUCUGGAUCUAGUUUUUUUUUUGGAAAUCCGAGAUCCGCGAGUCGUCGCGCAAUAUACAUGAAAAGGCGGCGGCGAAUGGCGAACCAGCAUUACCGCCGCUAACUGCCUGCCUGCUUGCCUGUAUACUAUAUACCUCGUUUCGCGUACGUAGCAAAUAACCUGUUGUACGCCUGUCUGUACACAGUCGCGCACGUCUUUUACUCGCGCAGAGUCGUGGACAUUGGCGUGAUGUCAAUGCUUUGGUAAAAAAAAAAAAAAAAUAGAAAAGAAAAGAAAAAGAGUCGUUUGUAUAGAUGCGCGAGCCACCGUAGACGGAUAUCGAAUGCCUAAUUGUUGUACAGUCUCGAAGAAAAAUGCGGUGCCCGUACGUAGUGGCGUUUCUGGUACUCUGCUGCGGCGCGAUCGUCAGCCAGGCUCAGUUCAAUCCACAAGACGGCGUCACCGAUCAACCUUGGUCAUGGCAGAGCAGAGUUCCGAGUUACAACGAUCAGACUUACAAAGAGCAGCAACAGCAACAGCAGCAGCAGUCCGAUUAUUCCGAGAGGGAUUGGGACAGGUCGAAUAAUCGACCCGAUUGGAAUCGCGAUAAGGACAGCAACAGUAUUUUCACGUACAGACCCACGGCCUCGCAAAAUGAAAACAUCAUCAUCAAAGAGGCGUCGUACUUCAUCGUCGCUUCCCGCAUGGUGCGUCCGGGACAAGUUUAUCGGGUCGGCGUGAAUAUUCUGCACUCGCCGCUGCCCAUGAUGGUGCGCGCCUCGAUUCAGCGCAACGGCGUCGAGCUCGCCUCCGAUUACGAGGAGGUGCGCGAGGGCAUACCCGAGCAGCUGAUGCUGAGGAUGCCGCCGACCUCGGUGCGCGGCGAUUACAGGCUGCGAGUCGAGGGCAACUACAACAGCCUGACCGGCGGCCAGGCCUUCAUCAACGAGACCCAGCUCGCCUUCACCCAGAGGUCCAUGACCAUUUUCAUUCAGUGCGACAAGCCCGUUUACAUGCAAGGCCAGACCAUCAGAUUCCGAACGAUACCCAUCAACACGGAGCUGAAGGCCUUCGACGACACGGUCGAGGUGCACAUGCUGGACCCGCACCGUCGCAUCAUGCGUCGCUGGCUCAGUCGUCAGAGCAAUCUCGGCACGGUCUCGCUGUCCUACCAGCUGUCCGACCAACCCGUCUUCGGCGAGUGGAUCAUCAAGGUCAUCGCCCAAGGCCAGGUCGAGGAGAAGACCAUCUUCGUCGAGGAAUACUACCAGACGCGCUUCGAGGUCAACGUCACCAUGCCGGCCUUCUUCUUCGAGAACGAGCCCUACAUACACGGCAUCGUCCAGGCGAAUUACACGUCGGGCGCCCAGGUCCACGGCAAUCUGACCCUCAAGGCGAGCUUCAAGCCCAUCGACAAGUACAGGCAGAGCACGGGCACCUACGAGAACAUUCCCGAUCGCUACUUCACCUUCAACGAGGUCUACCCGGCCUGGUUCAAUCCGCCGGAUCUGUACAGGCAGGAGGUGCCGGUGCUGCGCUUCUUCAACGGCACCUACAAGUUCCAGUAUCCGAUGAUCGAUCUGCUGCAGCAGCUGCCCAGCGGCGGCCUCGAGGGCGUCGAGGUCAUGGUCACGGCCACGGUCGGCGAGCACUUCCUCAACGAGGUCAUCGUCGGCUACUCCACCGCUCGCAUCUACAAUUCCAGCGUGAAGAUCCACUUCUUCGGGGGCUCGCCGCAGGUCUUCAAGCCCGGCAUGCCGUUCGAUUUGAAUCUCGUGGCGUCGUUCCACGACGGCUCGCCCCUCAGGCCCGAUCAGCUGCGCGGCUCGAGGUUGGAGGUGCAUGGCGACAUCGAGAUGCGCGGCGGACGUCGCCAGUUGGAGAACCAGCUGGUGAGGGUGUCGUCCGACAACAGCGCCGUCUGGUCUCUGCACGUGGACCUGCGCAAGCAGCUCGGCCUCAUGGACAAUCCCCAGAAGGCUCAGCAAAUGCUCAACGACAUCACGGCGAUGCACUUCAAAGCGGACUUCGUCGACGGCGAGGGCCAUCACGCGCACGCCGAUAUGCACAUGCUGGCUCACGACUCGCCCCAGCAGAAGCACAUAAAGAUCUGGACGUCGACGGAGAAGGCCAAAGUCAGCGAGUAUCUGGUGCUGCACGUGCAGACCAACUUCUACAUCGAGAGCUUCAACUACCUCAUCAUGUCGAAGGGCUCGAUCAUACUGCAAGGCGACGAGCUCAUGCAGCAGACCAUCAAGACGUUCGCGGUGCCGCUGAGCGCCGAGAUGGCGCCCGUGGCCACGGUCGUCGCUUACUACGUCGGCAAGUACGGCGACGUCGUGGCUGACUCGCUCACCGUCCCGGUGAACGGCAUAUCGCGCAACAACUUCACCGUGACGAUCAACAACAAAAAGUCGAGAACCGGAGAGAGGGUGGAGGUGGCCAUCUACGGCGAGCCCGGCGCCUACGUGGCUCUGUCGGGCAUCGACCGGUCCUUCUACUCGAUGCAGGCCGGCAACGAGCUGACCUACGCCAACGUCAUCGAGAAGAUGUCGUCGUUCGGCGAGGAGACCAACGGCACGCACUCGCACACCUGGCUCUUCCACGAGGGCGAUCCCGACAACGUCGUCUACUUUCCCUCGUCGACCUACGGCAUCGACGCCAAUCGGACCUUCGAGUACGCCGGCCUGGUCGUGUUCACCGACGCGCUCGUCUAUCGCAGGCCCGAGCAGUGCAACAAGACGGCCGGCAUGCUCGAGUGCUACCUCACCGGCAAGUGCUACCGCGCCGAUCUGCGGUGCAACGGCCACAAGGACUGCGAAGACGGCACCGACGAGGCCCGCUGUCCCCAGUUCAAUGCGACCGACAUCGCCCACUUCCGCAAGUGGCGCUUCAGCCGCAUACUGCGCCAGUACGAGAACGUCUGGAUGUGGCGCGACGUCAACAUCGGUCCGCACGGCCGCUUCAUCUUCAACAUCGACGUGCCCAAGACGCCCGUCCACUGGAUGAUCACGGCCUUCGGCAUGAGCCCGACCGCCGGCUUCGGUAUGCUGACCAAUGCCCUCGAGUACAUAUCGAUACUGCCGUUCUACAUCAACGUCGAGAUGCCCACGCACAGCAAGCAGGGCGAGCAGAUCGGUAUACGCGUCUCCGUCUUCAAUUACAUGCGCACCAAUAUCGAGUGCACGGUCGUGCUCGAAGACUCGAAGGAUUACAAGUUCGUUCACGUGGAGGAAGCCGGGGUGGUGCAGUCCUACCGACCGCGAACGUCCUUCGGCGAGCACCAGUUCUUCAUCUGGAUUCCAGCUCAAGAGGCGUCGAUUGUUUACUUGCCGAUCGUACCGGUCCGGCUGGGAGAGAUCAAGGUUCACAUUCACGCGACGACCUUGAUCGGUCGGGACUCGGCAACGCGCACUCUUUACGUCGAGGCUGACGGUCUGCCCCAGUACAGGCAUCAGUCGGUCCUGCUCGACUUGAGCAAUCGCGCCUACGUCUUCCAGUACAUGCACGUCAACAUCACGGAGACCCCGCUCAUACCGUACGAGGAGGAUCGCUACUACAUCUUCGGCUCGAACAAGGCCACCAUCAGCGUGGUCGGCGACGUGGUGGGCCCGAUCUUUCCCACGAUGCCGGUCAACGCUACGAGCCUCAUAGGCCUGCCCAUGGACAGCGGCGAGCAGUCAAUGUUCAGCUUCGCCGCCAACAUGUACACGACCCUGCACAUGCGCCUCAUCAAUCAGCGCAAUCUCACCCAGGAGAAGCAGAGCUUCUACUACAUGAACAUCGGCUACCAGCGCCAGCUGUCCUACAUGAAUCCCGACGGCUCGUUCUCGCUGUUCCGUAGCGACUGGAACCAGUCGUCGCCCAGCGUCUGGCUGACGGCCUACUGCGUGCGCAUCUUCGAGGAGGCGAGCUUCUACGAGUGGGAGAACUACCUCUACAUCGAUCCCAAGGUCAUCGCCCAAGCCGUCUCCUGGCUGCUGGAUCAUCAGACGCCCGAGGGAUCCUUUUACGAGGUCACCUGGCUGCCCGAUCGCAAGAUGAACAGCACGCUCAGCUUCGACGAGGAGCGCUUCGCGGUCCGCCAUCGCAACAUAUCGCUCACGGCCCACGUCAUCAUCACCCUCGAGGCCGUCAAGGAUCUGUCCGACGGUCUGGGCGCCAGGGUCGCGCUCGCCGCGGCCAACGCCGUCAGGUGGCUCGAGCAGAAUCUCCAGCUGCUGGAGAUGAAGGGCCGGCCUUACGAGAUAGCCAUCGUGGCCUACGCGCUCCUCCAAGCCAAGGCCUCGACGGCCGAGCAGGCCUUCAACAUACUGCGCCGGCAUCGUCGCGACGAGGGUGGCCUCAUGUACUGGGGUCGCGAGUUCGUGCCCCAACCGCCGACCAAGACGGAAAAUCAGAAGCCCUUCCUGCUGCCAAGACUGCCUUACAAGUACGACUCGGAAAAUAUCGAGACGACGGCUUACGCGCUAUUGGUGCACGUGGCCCGUCAAGAAGUCGAUAUCGAGCCGAUAGUCAAGUGGCUCAACAGCCAGCGACUCACCGACGGCGGUUGGGCCUCGACGCAAGACACGGCUUGGGCCAUGAAGGCCUUGAUGGAGUACACCGUGAGGUCGAGAAUUCGAGACGUCAGCCAGCUGAGCGUGACGGUGGAGGCCACGGCGCUGCCCGGCGAGACCAAGACCCUUCACGUCAACAACAAGAAUCUCGCCAAACUUCAAACUUUGGAGAUUCCCGAAGCUUGGGGUACGGUCAAAGUCCAAGCUAAGGGUGCGGGUUACGCCAUUCUGCAGAUGCACGUGCAAUACAACGUCGAUAUCAAGAGGUUUCAAACGCAGCCACCGGUGCCGGCUUUCGAUUUGGUCACGCAUGCUAAUUUCUACGGUAGAAAUCAGUCUCACAUUACAUAUCUGAGUUGUCAAAGAUGGACCAAUGUCAAUGAAUCGGUGCGUUCUGGCAUGGCUGUGUUGGACGUGACGAUUCCAACGGGUUACAUUAUUCAACAGCAAAAUCUCGAUACUUACGUACGAUCGCGGCAGGUGCGCAAUCUGCAACGAGCUCGUUUCCAACCGUCCAAAGUACUCUUCUACUUCGACUACCUCGACGAGGAAGAAACAUGCGUCAACUUUACUAUUGAACGCUGGUAUCCAGUCGCCAAUAUGUCCAGAUAUUUACCGAUCAGAGUCUACGAUUAUUAUUCACCAGAGAGAUUUAAUGAAACCAUGUUUGACUCGUUGCCCACGUACGUCCUGAACAUCUGCGAAGUUUGUGGAAGCUCGCAAUGUCCUUACUGCCCGAUUUACAAUGCGGCGAUGCUUCUGACGUCGCCCAGUUACUUCUUCGUCACGAUGUUCGCCCUAGUCAGUGUCAUUCGGCACUUCAGAACGCAAGAGCUGGAGAUUGGCUAGGCCUUAAAGUGCUACUAAAAAUUUUUAUAUUUGUAAUGAAAUGAAUUGCAAUCUGAUGACUAUUUCCGUCCAUUUGCGAGUGAUCAGCUGAACCAAUAGUUACAUAAGUUAUAAAAGUAGAAUGUAAAAAUAGUCUAAUUCUCAAAGAAUUAGGUUUUACAUAUUUAGAUCUGCGUUGAAUUUUAUGUUUUAGCUAAUUGCUAUUUUUAUAUGAGCUUGAACUUUAACAAGUUCAAUGAUAAUUGCUGUAGAUUGUAGGUUGUCUCAAAAAUCUAUGUAAGUUUCACA